AUGUCCCUGUACGAUAUGAAGGUCCUGCUCUGUCCAUCCUACAUCUUCCGACACGCCGAAGCCUUUGCGUGGAUCACCAAAUCUCUCAUGUUGGAGUGGAGGAGUGGGGAGAUGCAUGGGGUGAAUCCUCUGACGGGACGUGCGGAAUUUCGGUUCGAGCAUAGGAUUUUGAAGCAACUCGUUCGUCUGAAGACACGAAUCCUCGAGCGCGAAAUCACGAAUAAUCUACUCGACCCACUCGAUCAUCUCUACAACGGUUUCUGCGAGGCAGGCGGUGCCUGUACGGUCGCAUAUAACAAAUCAUUAAGAGACUAUCUCGUCAUUCCAUCUAUCGUCCGCAGAAAUUGUUCUAUCAGAGAUAUCCUUGAGAGCGAAGGAGUCAAUUCCUGGAAGUGCAUUAGUCCACCACAGGCUUCCGAUCACGGUUUCAAUAUCCUAUCUGGCAAGCACAUUAUCAACAUCAAGAAAAACGCAUUUAAUUCCUGGGAGGGACUGUGUAUCGAAUGCGUGUUACGUACAUCCGGCGGCCACACCAAACAAGAACAAUUCUGGGAAGAUAGUCGACGUAGACGCUACGGAACUUCUUGUCCCAUUCCCCACAAUUAUCAGACGUGGAAUUAUAGUUACAUGGGUCCCUUUGAGCGAAUGUCAAAACAUAUUGCUGAGCAGAAGGAGCGCGAGAAGAAUAAAGACCGCACUGAGCAUGGGAUGAAGUUUUCUGCUAAAUCAGGAUUUCCUUAUGUUUCCGAUUCACCCAAACCAUCUCGUCGACGUUCUUCUAUUGCAGAAUGGACUUCCAAAAAUGAAGCUGCGAAGAUGAGAGAAGCUGAAGCCUCGACCGAUCUCGACAGACCCAGAACUCAAGAUACCACACGUUCAUUCAAUAUCAAUUCACGCAAAACCCAAUCUAACCGCGCUCUUCCUACCAAAUAUGCCACUCUAGAUGAAACUGCCCGUCUCCAACAAAAGAAGAUCGCGGAAUGGACAGCAAGAAAUCUAGCGAACCAAGCUAUAUUCAAAGAGGCUAAAGAAGCGGCAAAGGCAAAAGCUGAAGCCGAAGCUGCUGCUGGCUAUACAGAACCCUACUAUGCUGCCAGAUUUCCAGAGCUCGCAGAGCUAGAGCUCUACAAUCACGAUCAUGACCACAACUCUAUUGCCGCCAAUGCACUUCCUCCACCCACCGCCGAAAAAGAACUCAUUUUUAAGAACCAAAAACCUAUCAACAAAACCAUACCAUCAAUACCACUCUCAUCACCAACUGCUCCCAAGAAUGACUGGAUUGCACAGCGCUUAGCUCUCUACAAUAUUAACCGAGAAGCUGCACUAGCUCAUCAACGCAUGACAAAUGGAGAGGCGGUUAUGGGUCUCGAUGGUGCAGAUGAGCAAUUGUGA